AUGGACUUCGAUUCCAGAUUGUCCGGGAAGCGCGAAAGUCGCACGAGAGCCCCGACCGCGUGUCAAACAUGCCGCCUACGCAAGACUCGGUGUGACAAUGUUCGUCCUAUUUGUAGCUACUGCACGCUACAGGAGGUGGUCUGUAUCUAUCCAGAAGCUUCACCCCGAGCAGCACCACCCAGUCUGAAAUCGGCCAACUCUGAGAUUCUUCAGCGCCUGAGCCAUAUCACGUCCAUGCUCGAGGAUAUCAAACAAGACAAUGAAUCCAUAACCUCUUCCAAUCGAUCUAUUAGAGGCUCCUGUGUCGAAGUGGCCAUGCCCCAUUCGAGCCCCCACGCCGACUCCGUCCAAGGAAAACAUACUCUUCGGGGAAAUGAUGCCAAGGAGCAGGCCUACAGACACGAUCCACUGACUUUGUAUGCGGCCAAUUCUCCUGAGUAUAUGCUUCGCUGGCCCAUUUUUAACAGGGUGGUCACCGAUGCAGAGAAGCAUAUUCGGUCAUUCCUCCUCGACUCUUUGGAUAGCCAGGCUCAGUCCAGAAUCCCACCGCUCCGCCAGGCAAGCACUGGGUCAUUCCUAGACAAUAUCCAGAUGUUUGUUCGAAAAUAUCUUCAUUUGGUCCAUCGCCGAAAUCCAGUAGUUGAUGCAGAGCAACUCGAGCGCUAUGCCCGCGAGGUGACAGUGCAAGGGCUUGGGUGGGACGGUCCGUCGUGCCAAGUGUUGCUUGCAUGCGCUCUAGGCUGCUGCACAUCAGAUUACGUGCCACAUGAUAACCCUGAAGAUCUAGACCGUCUUCAGAAGCCGCCGUUGUGUGAUGCUAGUAUUGAAAUCGCCGAAGCUUAUUUCCAUGCUGCCAAGCAAAGGCUAGGCUCAUUACAUACGUCUCCCAUCGAUAUACAGUGUUUCUUGCUUGCAGGUUUCUAUCACAGACAUGCCAUGCGCCCUUUGCAGGCCUGGUUUUGCUUUCAGCAAGCCUCCUGCCGAUUGGAGGUAAGAUUGCGGUCAUUGUGUCGAGAACAGUGGACUGCCGAUGUCCACUAUCACAAUCUCGAGUCACGACUGUACUGGUCUUGCAUUCAAGCUGAACAUGAAAUGCAAUCUGAGCUCCCUCUCUGGAGCAGUGGUCUUGAAAGCCUUGGAUAUGCAGACCCGUUCCCAAAAUUCCCGAAAACUAGCAGCAACUCACUGGAUGAAAUAGUGGACGACGAGACUUCAACAAAGCCACCACCAGAGAUCAACGGUACCGAUGAGGAAAAAGGAUGGAGAUUCUACAUCGGCUCGAUCUGCAAUCGCCGAACAGUCAACGACAUGCUAGAGGAUAUGUGGCGCUCCGGCGAGCAGGCUUGGAUCACCAAUAUCACCAGCAUUGUCGAAAAAACAAGUCAAGCCGAGAGUGUAGUAUUCAACUGGUACCACAUGUCAACAGCCGGACUCCCUAAUCCAGAACAGAAGAACCAAGACCUCGAAUCCCUAAUGCUAGGCCGCCUGUACUUCUGCCUCGAAAAGAUCUACCGUCCCAUAUUCUACCUAGCCCUACACUAUCCAUCCCUACCCUCCUACCUCCAAAACGACGAAAACUUUAGCACAAUCUUCGACCAAGCCCAAAAAGCCCUAGAUAAUUGCGUCCGCCUCAUCCCACGACUAUGGUACAACUGGCGCCAUGAGUGGAUCUGGAACUGCAUGCGCAUUACCUUUAGCGCCGCGAUUCAGAUCAUGGCGGCGGUCCUGAGUAAAAUGCAGAGUGCUCGCAAUCCGUCCCGGUGGACUUUAAAUCUGCCUUAUAAUUGGCCUGCACUGGUUAGAUUGUCUAUUAGGACGUUGGUGCUUUGGGAGAGGGAGUCGAUCGAUUUGGAAAUUAUGCGGUCUACGCUUGAGAGGAUGUAUCAGGGGACUUGUCGGUUGGCUGGGGUGAGGCCAGAGUUGUAUUCGUUGUAA